AUGUUUUUUUCAAUAAAACCAGUAGCAUUUUACACUCUUAGGUGUACUCCGGAAGAGGAAGUUAACUAUCGUUAUUGUGUUCUACAUCGAACAUUCAUCAUGGAACGAAAUCCAUACACACGCACGUCUACUAUGAAUAGUGUAUUUCUUUCAUUUGGUCAGGAGUUUUUCAAAAUGCCACGCAGAAAUCGAUAUAUAUUGUUUGAAUCAUUUGUGUUGGCGAUGAAACGUUGCGCUUACCCAACCGAUCUUCUAUUAGCUGACGAUAACCUUUCUAAGCGCAGACGUUUAGAAGCAGAUACAAUAAAUGUUCAUUCAACUUCCAACGUCGUAAAUGAUCCAACAUUGCAUUCAGGAGCAAUCUUUCACUUACCGACAGCCCGAUUCAACCAUCAGGACGGUAUUGUGCCUUCUUAUGGACACCUGAAUAAUGAGAGCUCAUCUCGACGAACGGUUUCGAAUGGCUGUCAUGAUUCGGAUGCUGUAAAGCAAACUACUGUUACCGCAAUCGUAUUACCAGAAACGACUCGUGAUGAAGUUGUGACUGGAUCGAUUUCUAUUCAUCAAGGUGAUUUGAUUGCAGAGGACACUGAUGUUAUUGUAGUAUGCCGAUCAUCAAGAACUAUACGCGAAAGCGUCCUCGAAGCCGGUGGAUAUUUGAUGAAGCUUUCAUAUAACAACGAAUUAGACAUGGGUUCGACUGAUCCCGUUAUUAGUAUAGCAGCUACUGGCCAAGUUUGCGCAAGAAAAGCUUAUUUUCUAGCAUGGAAACCUUCUGUCGAUACCGAUGCACUUCGUCAAUCGGUUAGUACAUUCAUCUGUGAUGCUAUGAGCAAAGCAGCCAGUGAAAACGUACGCAGUAUUGCAUUUCCUGCUAUCGGCUGCGGUGGAUAUGGGUGUACAAUCAGUCUAAUCGCUCAAACAAUGGUCGAAGCAAUCUCUCAACAACUAACGUUGUAUCCCAUGUCUGUAUCUGUGGUAGUACAAUCAGAUCGAACGGAUGUUCGCAAUGAGUUUCAGAAACAAGUAAAUUUAGUUCAAUCAACGUCGCAGGCGGGAUCUGUAGCAUUAGGCAUUGGAACGGGACUGAUAGAAGUGCAAAUGGGGGAUAUCACCCGACAAAACGUCGAUGUAAUUAUUGGAAGCUCUUCAUCGAGAAUCUUAAGAAGAAGCAUUAUGAGCGCAGCAGGUGCAGAUGUUCAGAUGGCAUAUGCAGAUCAGUGCGAAAAGAAUCCGAGUGCAUUGAUAGUUUCACUUCAGCCCGGUCGGUUACCCUGUAAACAAAUAUUCUUUGUUAAGUGGCAGCCAGACUCAGACGAAAAACUUCUCCAGCAAUCUCUCGUCGAUUUUGUUUGGACUGUAAUCCAAAAUGUUAUUUCUUAUAAGUAUACAUCCGUGGCAUUUCCGGCGAUCGGUUGUGGAAAUCAUGCAUGUCCUGUUGAUCUUGUUGCUAAGACAAUAAUCAAAGAGAUAAAGCAUCAGCUGAAUAUCAGAAAUAUUCCAUUGUCGGUCAAAUUUAUUAUUCUACCUGAACGACAAAACGUUUAUGACGAAUUCUCUAAACAAGUUGUGUCUUUGAAUGAAGAUUCGGGAUCAUCCAUCAGUCGUAUAUUACCUCCAAAUUGGACACAAUCUGCUGACAGUAGUUUACGUUGUCUAGUACUUUCUAAUACUCAAGAGUAUAACUCAAUUGCCAAUGAUUUCGAUCAAACAAUGAAUGGAAGACACAUUUCGAUUCUCCGAAUUGAACGAAUCCAAAAUGUACGAUGGUUUGUACAGUACUUAGCACAUAGUCGAGAAUUCAACAAGCGAUUGAACGAAAAUACUGAAAGACGCUUGUAUCAUGGGUGCUCUCAUUCCGCAGCUGAUUCAAUUAUACAAGAUUGUUUUAAUCGAAGUUUUGCAGGAACACAUGGGGCAACGUAUGGUGUUGGUCUGUAUUUCUCAUCUAAUGCGGCCUAUAGUAGGAGAACAACUCGAGGAGAUCGUUCGGUAAGAAGUCGACCAAUAGGAUUCGAUUCCACCACAGAUGGUAACCAUAUAUUCGUCGUUUAUCAUGAUGCUCAGGCCUAUGCGGAAUAUUUAAUAACUUUCAAAUAG